AUUUUCUGGUAAAUUUAUUGUUUUAAUAUUGCAAACCUGAAAACACUAAAGAAUUUUUCGACGAAUCAGCUGUUUGUGUCGCAUCGCACAACAUAUGAUAGCAAAAUUGGGAGUGUUACGUAAGGUGUAUUUAUCGAAAAAAUGGCCUCAAAUGGUGCCGAAGCGACUGAAAACGAAAAAACGAUAGAGCAAUGCUACGAAAACUUAAUAGUGAUAGAUAUAGGUGCGAAUUUAACAAAUAAGAAAUAUAGUAGAGAUUUAGACUCUGUAAUACAACGAGCGAAGGAUUCCGGCGUGCAAAAAAUUAUGGUGACCGGUACUUCAGUUAGAACCAGUAAAGAAGCAUUGAGACUAACACGAAUAUACCCCGGAACACUAUACUCAACAGCAGGUAUUCAUCCUCACGAUGCAAAAUCAUACACAGACGAAUCGUGGGAAGAGUUAAAAAGUUUAGCUGGAAAUCCGGAAUGUGUCGCUAUAGGAGAGUGUGGACUUGAUUAUAAUCGAAAUUUUUCCGAGCCCGAGGAGCAAAGAACAGUCUUCCACAAGCAGAUUCAAUUAGCAUGUGAACUUUCUAAGCCAUUAUUUAUACAUGAACGAGAAGCUCACGAAGAUUUGUUAGCAAUUUUACGGCAAUAUUCAUCUCGACUGCCUUCUGUUGUAAUACACUGUUUCACUGGUACAACAGAACAAGCUCUUGCGUACCUCGAUCAAGGGUUUUACAUAGGACUAACCGGCUACUUAUGUAAAGAUAAAUCUGAUACAGGUGUGCGUAAAUUACUUGUGGAUGGUACAAUACCUUUAGACCGUUUAUUGGUUGAAACAGAUGCUCCGUUUAUGUAUCCAAACACACGUGCCUCUAAAUUGCCUCCUCAUGUUAAAGAUGCACUAACUGAAAGGUCAAUGACAUUUUUGCAUCGCUACUGCACUUUUCAACGAAACGAACCUUGCUCUCUUCCUGCCAUUGUUGAGAUGAUUGCAGCUUUUAUGAACAAGAAACCGGAAGAUGUUGCUUUAGCUACUGCCUUUAAUGCCUUAAAACUAUUUAAUUUAUCUCAAUAAAUUGUUAUGUUACAAUAUUUUAAAAUGACGCUUUUAACAUGUUAUCGUAUACAGAUCUCUAACUUUUGCGUUGUAUAAUUGGUGGCUAUUUUAUAUUUAUAUUUUCAUAUAUAUGAUAUUUUGUUGUAAUUUAAUAUUAUGUGUAGCCAAAAACUAUUAGUUGUUACUAGUUUUAGAUACAUAUUUAUUUUUUGAUAUUUUUCAGGCAUUUUUACAGAUGUCUGAUGUCGGUGUAAUUUUAAUUGCCUAGUAUUGCCUUUUUAUGUGUGAUAUUUGACAUUAAUGUAAAACCAGUGCCUUAUGUAAAUAAAUGUUUAAGUAUA